AUGCUCGGAAACUUCAAAAUAGUGUUACUGGCAAUUGCCUCUCUGUUACCCACAGUUCUCGCCCAGGCAGUAAGCAAUGGGAUGAUUGUGACUGAUAACACUACGUUAAGCGGAGAUCGUGUAUUCAGCGGUACCGUCACGAUUGAGAAGGGUGCCACGUUAACCCUGACUGACGGACGUUUUAUGUUCAAAAAAGACUUGAACGUCUACGGUAAUCUGGUCGUUUAUUCGAACAAUUGCGGUAAUUCACUAUUUGAUGCUACUGCCUCAUCAGUCAACAUUACCGGUACAGCAGAGCUCUAUUCUCCCAACACCCUCUUUUUAUAUUUCAAAACCUUUCUUAGCUCAGGGCACCUAUACCUAAGGAGUAUAAAAGGUGCGCAGACUGCUUACCUGAGCCAGGAUUCACAAAGUUUCAGGAAUGAGCGCACAAUAACCGUUGAAGGCACUGAUAAAACCUCAGCAGUGGGGUUUGCUAUAUUAAAUACAAACGACGCUCCAUUUGUGAACAAUGGGCUAAUAACUGCAAAUAGUGAAACCCCGCUAUUUAAUGCGACGACAGUGGAUACUGACAGCAAAAAUACGAUUACUAUCAUGGGACGAUUUCAAGGAUCUGGAACAAUAGAAGCAAUAAAUGGAGUUUUAUCCCUCUAUAACAUGAAUAUUUCGGAUACUCAAAAUGUCGUCUUGAAAGACUCGGCUGUAUACGCAUCUUCUUACGGGGAUUCCAAUGUUACUGUGCAUGGACUAAACAGUUCGAUAGUUCUUUUUGAUUACGCUUCAGGUUCAGCUUUGCAUGCAACUGUACAAAGUGGAACAGUGAUUGCUGAGAUUGAGGACACAACCUUUAGGUUAAUGGAUCUGGAUAGUUUGAUUUCACCAUGCAACUUACUACAAAAAAAUAUCACAUUUAUUGAUUCAGGAGUAUCAUCUUUAUACCCUGCAUUACUGUUCAACGGUUCGUUCUCCCCUAUCCCACAACUGAAAACGACAACAGAAGUCCUGAAUGGUACACUAACAAUAGAAUACGUCACCUCUUAUUCCAGAAACGAAGAGAACGGAACCUGCGGGGUUGGGAGCACUGUGUNNNAGUCGACGACAUUGUCGACUUCUAUUAGUGCAAAUCCAUCAACCCACCGCUCCUCCAGUGCGAGUUCUUCUGCAUCUCAUUCAUCCCGCAGUUCGGCAGUAAGCAGCAGUGUUGCAUCGUCGAGACUCCACUCGUCCAGUGGGAGUGCGUCAACUACUCCUUCGUCACACCGCUCUGCUGCAAGCAGUUCCAGUGAGUCCGGACACAGAUCGAUGCAUCCCGGAUACAGUAACAGCACUGUUUCGGCGACAUCGUCAGUUAAAACCACCACUUCCAUGCAGGAAACACAAACGGAACACCCCAUUGAGAAGUCAAGAACAGGAACAGACGUGCCCAAGUCGACAACGGUAAUUGAACACUCCACGGACAAAUCGAGGACAGGUGGUCUGGUCAUGUCAACAGCAGGAACAGAGAAACCAACCGAAAGCUCGCAAACAGGCGCACUGUUCAAGACGACAACGGAAACCACACUCGAGUACGCCAAAGUGACAUCUACUGUGGUUGUUUGUGACUACAUCACCAGCAAUGCCAACGGCGAACUUGUUGCCACGCGCACAACGUUCCCUGUCGGUUCUACCCCAGCACACAUGGGUGGAGAGUUACACACAACUACCAUUGUUUCUACAUGUACAGCGGACUGUGGAAUCCUGACAAAUAACUCAACCUAUAGCAGUCAACAUUUGGGUGGUGGUGCCAAUGCUGCGGAACAGUCGGCUCAUCCAAAUGGAAGUGGGAAAACAAGAAUCGCAGAAACAAACGACCAGCAAAACACGGGUAUUUCUCACGUCACAACGACAACUACAACUACUAGAGCGUCAAAUUCUCUGACAACAUUACAAGUCAUGUCUGUUGAACCCAGUGUCACACCCAAGACUGCUACAAUGGCGGGAGUUUCGGUCUAUGGCAGCAGUGGAUCUGUCUUCAGGCCUAGUCUAUCUUGGACUGCUGUGCUUGCCAUUAUGUUACUGGGUACCGUGUGA